UCCGCCCGCCUCCCCGGCUCUCCACCUGCGCGCCUUCCCUCCCCCCACUCCCCGUCCCCUCCCCGGGCUCUGCGCCGGCGCGGUGCCCGCCAGUGCUCGAGGGGGAGCCCGCGAGGCGCAUGCGCCGUGCGGGGACCGCCGCCGCUCUGGUAUCGCUGCCGCAGCCGUUGCCGCCGUUGCCGCCUCCCUGCUGGCAAGUGUGAGAAGGAGGAGCUGAGGGCCUCCGCCGCCGUUGCCGCCAUGGGGAGGAAGUCGAGCAAAGCAAAGGAGAAGAAACAGAAGCGGUUGGAGGAGCGAGCAGCCAUGGAUGCUGUCUGUGCCAAAGUGGACGCCGCCAACAGGCUUGGAGACCCAUUAGAGGCUUUCCCAGUGUUCAAGAAAUAUGAUCGGAAUGGGUUAAAUGUGUCCAUUGAAUGUAAGCGAGUGUCUGGCCUGGAGCCGGCCACCGUGGACUGGGCCUUCGACCUGACCAAGACCAAUAUGCAGACCAUGUAUGAGCAGAGCGAGUGGGGCUGGAAGGACAGAGAGAAACGCGAGGAAAUGACAGAUGACCGAGCCUGGUACCUCAUCGCUUGGGAAAACAGUUCGGUUCCCGUAGCCUUUUCUCACUUCCGGUUUGACGUGGAGUGCGGGGAUGAAGUCCUGUACUGCUACGAAGUGCAGCUGGAGAGCAAGGUGCGGCGGAAAGGCCUGGGGAAGUUCCUCAUACAGAUCCUGCAGCUCGUGGCCAACAGCACACAGAUGAAGAAAGUUAUGUUAACGGUAUUUAAGCACAAUCAUGGUGCCUACCAGUUCUUCAGAGAAGCGCUGCAAUUUGAAAUCGACGACUCUUCCCCAAGCAUGUCGGGUUGCUGUGGGGAGGACUGCUCCUAUGAGAUCCUGAGCCGGAGGACCAAGUUUGGGGACAGCCAGCACUCCCAUUCGGGCGGGCACUGUGGUGGCUGCUGCCACUGAACUCCCAAGCUCUCUCCAAGGCCUGUUCUCUCCCCGGUUUCAAGCCGCUUGCCAGGUGCCCUCAGAGCUGUGGCCUCCUCAGCCCCAACCCUGGGGAGGAGUGGUCCGCACCGCCCCUCCUGCUCUCUCCUAGAAGAGCAGGGUGCCGGAGGGAGCAGAGAGGAGAGGAGGCUGCCGGAAGAGCCGGCGGAGGCCGGGGCACGAGGCGCAUCCUCUCACAGUGGCUGCCUUCUCACUCAGCUCUCGGCCCUGAGCGUGGGUUCUCUGACUUCCCUACAGCUGGAUUCCUGACAAGUCCCCCUCCCCGCCACAGACACUGCUGGACAAAUGGAGUGUUUAUUCCCACCUUCAUGAAAGUCCUGGAGCCCUGGGUCAGGGUCUGGCUGGUUCCCAAAGAGGAAUGGGCUCAGUGUAAGAUCUGGGCGUAGAGAGACUCCUGUUUCGUGGAUGGGACGCUCCAGUGGAGACCUCAGGAAGGUGUGUUGUGCCAUGACACAGGGAAUCGAGGGAGCUCUUUCUGGCUGUGCCUUCGCGGAUCCAGUUAGAGUGGAGUCGUCCCAGGGGGCCAGCCGACUCUAGGAGAAAGGCUGCCCCCUCUCCCCAUUGCUGUCAGCGAGGGGCCGAGAGGACCAGGAGCAGGUGUGAAUGGGGCCUGCCGUGGGGACUGGGGCUUCUCUGGGCUUUGGGACCCGGCUGCACCCUGAGCUUAACCUCUUGAUCUCAUGGCAGUGACUCGAGAUUUUUACUCACAGAAAAGAGCUGGAGCCCUGCCUGCUCUUCUCCGUCACCUCUCACCCCACUCGAUACCCCUGUUCUUACUCUCAAGGGGGAAUAGCCUCAGGAGCCCCUUGUCUCCCCCGAGGACCCCUGGCUCCUGCCCUAUUUAGUGCCGUUUCCUCUCAUAUCUUGGUGCUGUUAGUUCUCUGAGGGUGGGCACCCCCCACCGCCACUGCCCCCUUUGGAGAGCCCCCAGCCAGCAGCAGCCCCUUCCUGCACCCCCCAGCCUGGCCGGACACUGCUCUUCUCUCUGGUGUCCCCUGCGGCGGGCGGGCGGGGGGCGGGAGAAGCUUCCUCUCCCCUCCUGGGAUAGAGAGGGCGCAGGGUCAGAGCUCAGACUUGCCCUCAUCCCCAGACCGUUAUCCCCUUCCAGGGAAGAAAAUGACCAAAUCCUUAUCCAGGAAGAAGCACCUACCGCCUCCCCUUGGACAACCUUGAGCUCUGCCUUAGGGAGCGUCUCAAAGGUUCUGCCUUUGGGGCUUCCCUGGUGGCGCAGUGGUUGAGAGUCCGCCUGCCGAUGCAGGGGACACGGGUUCGUGCCCCUAUCCCGGAAGAUCCCACAUGCCGCGGAGCGGCUGGGCCCGCGAGCCAUGGCCGCGGAGCCUGUGUGUCCGGAGCCUGUGCUCCGCAACGGGAGAGGCCACAGCAGUGAGAGGCCCGCGUACAGCAAAAAAAAAAAAAAAAAAAAAAAAAAAGGUUCUGCCUUUGCGAGGUUGUUCCGGAGGAGGUCUGUCCGUCCUUCCGACCUCGGUCUGCUCACGCCCCACCCUCUGCCCUGACUCGGGCUGCCUGUGCCGGCCAUCUCCCCGAUCUCCCCGGGGCCGUUCUCGCCUCUCGCCCAGGGUCCCGCCUGUGCGCACAGCCUCUCUGCUGAGCGCUCCGUGUUGCUCUUGACCUGCCAGCAGUGGACGUGGCACUCCCUUGGAGAGGGCCUUGCAGCUUUACACUGGAAUAAGCCCACCUUUGCCCCUACCCUGCUGACUCCCAGGAGAUUUUACCCAAGGGGGAGAGUUUUCAUUGCUGGAAGGGCAUUGGAGGGCUCCUUCCAAGAAUCAUGGAAUGACAGAAUCAUAUUUAGGAAGAGCUUCUCCUGUGAUCCCUGCUUUCUGUCACAGGACAGAGAAUGAUAAAUAUUUAUUGUCUUAGAUCAUGGAUUUCUGAUACCUCCCACUCAAGGGGACCAAGAGGACCCCAGCGUAAAUCCCACAUAAAGGGAGUUAAGCGUGCGUGUCUCCCCUCAUUGGACACCUGGCACCGAGCCCCAUUGGUAGAUGGGCACUUGGUGUUGGGCCCUGCUUGUCCAGCCGCCUGUGCCACUUCCCAAGGGCUGCUGGGGGCUCGGGCUGGGUGGGGAGGCGCUGCCUGAGACCCGCGGGUCACCCUGUCAGUUCUCAACCACCGGUCUCUUCAUUUCCCCAAGGUCUUGGUUCUAAGAAACAUAGCAGGCCUUUUGUACCAGGCUUUUUGGUUGGUUUGGGACAUGUUAAAAUAUUAAUUUUGAGAUUUGUUUUUUAGUUGUAUCCACCCUAUUUCAGGUUAUUUUCAUUGAUGUCAGAUGUGUAUAUGACAUGUGUAUGGUUCUUUUUAACCCUUCCUGGUGUGUUUUCUUUGUUUUUUUUUUUUUAGAGGAAACUUUGAAGGUAAACUCCUUGAUAUAUAUAUAUAUAUAUAUAUAUUUUUUUUUUUUUUUCCUUUAGCAACUUGUUAUCACUGGAAUCAAAGGGAAAAAGUGAUCUCUUUUCGCAUUGGUUGUAU